AGUUCAGGUUUACCGCUGCGCGUUCUCGCGCACAACGCUCUCGCGCGUGCGGUUCUUGUGAAACCAUUCGAGGCAGAUGAAUGCCACCGCGUAUUAACUAUCCUUCCCGGAGUGAUCCCUACGUUACGAGGAUAUCGCGCGUAUUAUCCUCAGAAAGAUGUUGAUCCCUACUAAAAACGUCGUCGGCAGCAUGCACGUCUUCGUAUCGCGAUUCCUCGCUCUAGUGGCACUCGUCGGAGCUACGACCUUGCCGCCCAGGAUGCUGCACGAUCUGGAUAAGCGCACGAAUCUCUCUAUGGAGAGGUACGGUCAGGCGGAACGGGUGAUAAUGAACUCCCGGACGCACCUCAAUCGAGGCUCGCCGUCCUGGUUUCUCGGCGCGUCCCACGAGAUGACCGACGGCGCGCAAAAUCUCUCGAGAAGGGCCCUGCGAAUCGAGACAAUGGCGUUGAUGCUCGUGGAGGCGCUCAAUAUGUCGUCGAGACAGGCGUCCCUAGUACUGCCGACGGUGGCCGCCGUCCUUUGCCCGGACUCGCCUAGCUUUCUACGAAUAAUAUCCGAAUGCAAGAAGACAGACGUCCGUUAUAGGACGCAUACGGGUCGAUGCAACAAUCCGUUGCACCCGACUUGGGGCGCAGCAUUGGAGGCGUACGUGAGAUUCUUGCCGCCGGAGUACGAGGACGGUGUCUCCUUGCCCCGUACGAAAUUGCCGAGCGCGCGAGAGGUCUCCUCGAAGGUGCACGCCGGCGGAUUGGACGUUAAGCAUCCUUAUUUGAUGGCGCUUACGGCGCUUUUCAGUCAAUUUCUUGCUCACGAUUUGGCGCACACGCCUAGGAUGGAAUUACCGGACGGCGCCAGGCUCAAGUGUUGCGACGUUGACUACGAAAAUUUUCAUCCGGAGUGCUUCCCGAUCGGCGCGGAGCAGCCAAUCGGAUGUAUGGAAUACUCGAGAUCGGCACCGCAUCCAGGGAAUUCGUUACAGGGUUGCAAGUUGGGUCCGCGACAACAGAUCAAUCAGGCGUCCUCCUACUUGGAUCUGUCACCCCUCUACGGCAGUUCCGAGGAGACAGCUAGAGCCCUACGAUCGGACGAAGACGGUUUGCUAAAUACGCAGAGAAAGAACCUGCCGAUGGCUUCGACGAAAUACGAGAGUUGUAGAAGCGCAAACAAAGCGUUCCCGUGUUUCUUUAGCGGUGACUCCAGAGUAAACGAGAAUCCGGGUCUUACUUUGAUGCACGUGCUAUUCUUGCGGGAGCACAACCGAGUGGCCGAGGAAUUGAAACGUACGAAUCCUCAUUGGGACGACGAGAGACUGUAUCAAGAAGCAAGGAGGAUCGUUAUCGCCGAAAUGCAACAUAUAACGUACAACGAGUUCCUGCCUGUUGUUCUCGGGGAGCGCGCCCUCGACAAAUACGGCUUGCGCUUGACACAGCGGGGCUACUUCCGCGGCUACAAUAUUCGCGCGGACGCGACUCUCUCGAAUUCGGCGGCGUCGGCCGGGCUAUUCUUCGUCGCCGCGCUGACCCCGAAAACCCUGGACUUGGUCGACUCACGAUCGGCGCACAAGUCUGGCGAAAGGACCUUAUUGUCGGCCUUCUAUGCGCCGCAGGAGUUGUACGAGGCUGGCGCGAUCGACCGACUGAUCGUCGGAGCUACAGCGGGACAUUCUAGGAAGCCUCUGCCUCCGGGUUUAAACGAAAUACUCCUGGACCGAUACUUCCACGACGGGAAGACCAGAGACGUAGCCGUAGAUUACGCCGCACAGAUUAUACAACAGGGGAGAGAUCACGGCUUGCCGCCGUAUGUCAAAUGGCGAAGCUUCUGCGAUUUGCCGGAUAUCACUGACUUUCAGGAUCUUAGAGACACAGUGACCAAAGCUACUAUCGAGAGACUUCGAGCAGUCUACAAAAAUGUAGGAGACAUAGAUCUGGUAACUGGAGCACUUUCGGAAGCGCCGAUAUCUGAUUCUGUUCUUGGACCAACGUUCCUCUGCUUAUUAGGGCGAACGUUUCGAAAUAUUCGUUUAGGUGAUAAGUAUUGGUACGAAAAUGGAAAUACCCCUGGUUCAUUUACGUUAGAGCAGUUAGAGGAAAUACGAAAAAGUACAAUGGCGCAAAUUUUAUGUCGCAAUGGAGAUAGACUACAGUGGAUGCAACCGAGAGCUUUCAUUCUAAAAGACCCAUUUCUAAAUGACAUGACAAAUUGUACGAUUCACAUGAAAGGAGCCAUGGAUUUUGCAGCUUGGAAAGAAAGGACAAUUUAAUCUAAAUUUCAUAUUCGAUCGUCGAAUUUUAAUAUUGCUCAUAUUAAAUAAUAUUGUUCCUGAUUACAUUAGAAAUCGUAUGAAACCAGCGAUACUUUAAAUGUUAUUUUUAUAUUAUAAUUUGAAAGUUCUGUUACUAAAAAAUAGGUGAUUAGAAAUUUAAAUUCUCAAUUUAAUUUAAAA